CCCCCCCCCCCCCAAAUCGCCCAAGCUUCCCCUAUAAAUGGCCUCAUCUCUUCCCUAUUAAGGACAAGUUUUUGAGGAGUAGAGAGGUUGGAGACAAUAGAUUUUUACUAAAAAUCAAGAUCUAGUUUUUCUUUGGUAUCUAUUCUUUGCUUGCUCGAGUUAAGCUCACUUGUGGUCGUGGAAAGUUGCUCCCCUGCUCAUCAUCCUCUCAGUCUCGCUGCUCCGAAAGAGUCAUCGGUGGCCCUCUAUAUCGCCAGUGAGGUUUCGCCGUUCCGAUAAGGGGAAAGAUUAAAUUGAAUGAAGAAUUUUUGGGGGAAAAUGGAUAAGGUGAAAGUGGAGCAAUUGAAGAUUCAAAUGCAGCAAUGGUUAAAUGAAGCUGAAGAAUUCAUCAAUGAUAUACCUCCCGUUCAACUGUAUACUGCUGUUGGAGUUGUAUUAUCCACUCUCAUUUUGUUGUUAAUCAUUCGCUUGUUCAAACGUACAACAUCUAACACCAUUGUACUCACUGGGCUAAGUGGAAGCGGCAAAACAUAUCUUUUUUACCAGCUUAGAGAUGGUUCAGCCCAUCAGGGUACCGUGACGUCAAUGGAACCAAAUGAAGGCAGUUUUAUACUACACUCUGAGGAAGACAAGAAAGGGAAAUUGAAGCCUGUUCACGUUGUUGAUGUCCCUGGGCACUCUCGUCUUAGGCCGAAACUAGAUGAGUUCCUGCCUCAAGCAGCUGGCGUUGUGUUUGUGGUGGAUUCAGUGGAAUUUUUACCAAACUGCCGUCCUGCUUCAGAGUACUUAUAUGAGAUCUUGACAAAGGCAAGUGUGGUCAAGAAAAAAGUUCCAGUACUCCUCCUUUGCAACAAGGUUGACAAAGUAACUGCACAUACAGCAGAAUUCAUCAGAAAACAGCUGGAGAAAGAAAUCGACAAGCUUCGUACAUCAAGAACUGCUGUAUCUGAUGCAGAUAUCUCUAAUGAAUAUACGCUUGGUGUACCUGGAGAACCAUUUACUUUUUCUCAAUGCCAUAACAGAGUAAUUGUUGCUGAAGCUUCUGGUCUGACCGGUGAAAUUUCUCAGCUAGAGAAGUUCAUUAGGGAGAAUGUGAAACCUUGAUUAUGGUAAUUCAAGCAAAUGGGGGCCCUUUUUAUUUCUUUUCUUCUCUUUUAUUAUUGGUCCGGGAAGCUGAAAAUACUAUCAGAAAGACAGAAAAAAACAUCAACUUGGAAAACAUAUUCAAAGUAGGGAUAGGAAUUUGAAGGGUUUUCCUUAUGUUCUAUUGGCAAUCCCCACCUAAACAUUAUGUUUGUUGUGCCUAGAAUAUCUUGUCAUUGGAUUUGAUUACUUCCCUUUAUUUU